CAUAAAUCAUGCGAGGCGACUGGGGAAGUUAAAUCGUAGCUCUCCGUCUCAGAUCUUCAAAACCCUAAUUUCCCAUUUCGUAGCGCCGCAAAUGGGGAGGAAGCGAAAACCAGCGGUCCAGAAUCCAAAAUCCUACUAUUCAUCCGACGAGGAGGAGGAGGAGGAAGAGGAAGAAGAAGAGGUUGAAGAAAUCGAGGAGGAAGAGGGGGAAGAGGAGGAAGAAGAAGAAGAUCCUGAAGAAGAGGAAGAGGAAGAAGAAGAGGAAGAGGAAGCAGCAGAAGAAGAAGCAGCAGUGGCCGGAAACGUAAAAUUAGAGACGACUGUGAAACUCACAAAAGACGAGGUAGAAGUGAAAGAGGAAAUCGAUCCCGACGACCGCGAGUCUAUCCGACGUCUUCUCGAGCCCUUCGGCAAGGACCAGCUGGUCGAGCUCCUCAAGGAAGCCGCGCUACGCAACCCUUCCCUUUUGUCGCGCAUCACUACCGUUUCCGAAUCUGACCCCGCCCAGCGCAAGCUCUUUGUUUACGGUCUCGGCUGGGAUGUCACCUCCGAAACCCUCAACGCAGUGUUCUCUACUUACGGUGACAUCGAGGAGUGCAGGGUUCCCACUGACCGCAAUACUGGCCGCUGCAAAGGCUACGCCUUUAUCCUUUUCCGCACCCGAGCUGCCGCUCAAAAGGCCCUUUGUGAACCACAGAAGAAGAUUGGUAACCGUAUGGCAACCUGCCAGCUUUCUUCAUUUGGUCCCCCUGGCGCUCACGGUCCUGUUGUUGAGCCCACUGGCCGUAAGAUUUUUGUUAACAACAUCGGCGACCAUGUAAAUCCUGAGCGUUUGCGUGCCUUCUUUGCCAAGUACGGGGAGCUUGAGGAUGGUCCGAUUGGGUAUGACAAGACAACGGGGAAGCUUCGCGGGUUUGCAUUCUUUGUCUACAAGACGCAGGAGGGGUGCAAGAAUGCCCUGGAGGAGCAAAGGAAGUAUUUUGAUGGGUGCGAGUUGAACUGCCAGAGGGCUGUCGAGGGGAUGAAACCGAAGAGCCAGGCAACAGAAGUUUCCUUGCCUGCGGGGUUACCAUCAAAUGACCAUUCUUUGACUUACGCCUCACAGUCAAUGAUGGGUCUCAAUCCAGUAAUCGGGUUGGUAGGGCAGAGUCUGAAUCCAGCAGUGGGACUGUUAGGGCAGAAUGUUGGGGUUGCAGGAGUGUCAUCGUCUUUGAACAGGAGUGGCACGACUCCACCAUAUGGAGCAGGAUUAGGCCUUAGCGGAAGUGGGUUGGGGGUUAACAGCUUCAGUCCCAGUGUGAUUGGCAACUAUCAAUCACAAGCAGCUUUGCAAGGCUUGGGAACCUACCAUAGCAAUUAUUUGCCUUCGUCAACCAGGACAAAUUCACAAUCUGGCUUACCCCCGUACUUUGGGCGCUAGGUUCCUUGGCCUACAAUGAAGUGUUCUCCUCAGCUGAGUAUGGAUUAAACUGAUGAGUUGAAAGGUAGAAUACUUACGGGGUUGUUUCUCAAAAUAAUGUUUGCCCUUUCAUAGUCACCGAUAUCUGCAGCUCUGGCAUCGUUUAUACUAUUGCUAGGUUUUGAACUUGGCAAGGUUUGAACUGUUGAUGUAGUUGGAUUCGCUUGCAUAUAUCAGAUAGACAUUUUAAUUUUGCUA